AUGGAGAAUCAACACGAGUCGCAAAGUGGAUCUGAUAUCAAUGUACAAACGACAACAAGCGAGUCAUCCAAGCGAAACACAAAGGCCAAAGCGCCCGCACCGGCCAACAACAACACCGCCACAGCAACAGCAGCAGCAACAACACCGACAAAACGCAACAAGAGCAUGCGUGCUUGUGAUGAAUGCCGUAAACGCAAGGUGAAAUGUGAUGGCGUACAACCUUGUUCCAAAUGCAGGAAAUCAGAAAUCGAAUGCGUCUUUGCAAAGCUGCCUCCAAAGCGUGGUCCACCAAAGCAGUACAUUGAGCUUCUCGAAGCACGUCUUCAGCUGGUUGAAAAGGCUUUACAAUCCAUUGAUGGUCCUGCGCGUCGGAUUCUUGAUAAUGCAUUGUUGGGAUCAGUGGGUGGAAACAAUGAAAACACAGCUACCAGACAAGACGAGAAUACAAUCACACCAACCACAUCAUCACCAAUCCCAACAUCUACAGCAAUGGCAUCUUACAGCAGCAACAGCAACAACACCAUCGACCCAUUUGGUAUCAAUGAGAUUGGACAAGCCAUGUACGUGAAUGACGUACCCGAACGCAUUGAUCGUAUCGCCAAUUUGUACGGAGGAGAGGCAACCCAAUUUAUCAGCCAUCACAGGGAUACCACUAUCAUGGGUCAAAGAAGGGACAAUGCGAUGGAAACGGAUAUCAAGGAAGAGUCAUCAUCAUCGGCAUCCUUAUUACCGCCAGAAGUAUCACAAUCACUUAUUGAGACGUACUUUGCCCACGUACACAAGUUUGUCCCCAUGAUCCACAAUCCCAUGUUCUACAAGCAGAUCGGAACGGCUACCGAUAUUGACCCACCAUCACCUCUUUUGCUGUUUGCAAUGUGUGCGGUUGCAUCACGUUGGACAAAUGAAUGCAACAACAACAACAGCAGCAAUGUAUCAUCGUCAUCAUCAUCAUUAUCUUCUCCUCCACCCCCUUCUUCGAGUGUUCCUGGAUUCGGCUAUUAUCAACGUGCAUUUGCCAAAGUCGAAGAAUAUUCAGAUGCGCCACGAUUAUCGACAAUUCAAGGUCUCGUGUUGUUGACUAAGUAUCAAGAGUAUUACAAGCGUCUCGGAUUCUUUCGGCGACCGGGAUUGUACCUCGGCAUAGCUGCCAAGAUGUGUAACGAUCUGGGGUUACCUCAAAUGGAGUCAACGCCACGUCCUGGUCAGGAUCCUCAGGAACAUGAGGCAAAGAAACGCACGUUUUGGACCGUCUUUAUAUAUGAUCUUAUGAUGAGUAUCGAGCAAGCAAGAGAACCCUAUUUUAGCAAUGCCGAUUGUACCACCGAGUAUCCUUCGGUGACAAGCGAAGAAGGGCCAUGGCUCGAAGAAGUGGUGACAAGCAAUAUUGCCCUGAUCCAAUUAUCGAGAACGCUAUCCGAGAUCUAUGCGACCAUUAGAAGGGUGACGGCACGGCAAAAUGCACAAGGAGAGAAGCGUUCCCCUGUGCAAGUGCUCGAGGAACAAGGCAAAUUGUUUCUAUUACACACGCAUUUGGAGAACUUUAUUCAUGAGCUCCCAGCUACUUUGAGCUAUGCACCCACGAUGCAGAUCAUUGCAGGUGUUUUACCACCUUACCCCGCUGAAAAACAAGCGAUCGGCAAUGUGUUUGCUGCAUUUCUCCACAUGACAUACCAUUUCAGCAUGAUUCUCUUGCACAGACAUUAUUUGCUACAUCCUUUGCCAGCCGGUGCUAUCAAUAACAACGACAUGAUGGAGCCCUAUCAACAUCAACAAUUGUGUGCUUGGGCAGCAUCCAAUAUUACAGCCAUUACGGAGACAUUACUCGAGACACAGCCUCUCGAUGUAUUCAGUUAUCCGACGCGUGGUGUACAACAUACCAUUCAUUGCUUAACAUCAGCUGCCACAGUACACCAUUACGAGAUGUCAAACCCUGACAAGAUGAUAGCCGAAGUAGCUCAACAGCAGUAUUCACGUACGCUUUCAAUUCUCAAUCGCUUGGCAGCAGAAUCCCCAGCCAUUGAAUUACAAUCGCAUAUCAAGGAACAAGAUGCUGAACUUGCACAACUUUAUGGUCGUAUGGUAGUUGACCCAGCACGUGCCGUGUCAUCGGCGGGUGAUAGCAACAAUCAUCCUACGCCUGUUUCCAUGGCAACCGCACCACCACAACCACCUCCUCCUCCCGCCACACCUAUGCCACAACAAGAUCCACUUGCAUUGUCGUCUGAUACAUCAUCCGCAUCAUCAUCACCGGUAAUGUCAUCACCUGCACGUGGUAUUCGACGACACACAUUGACAGGUCCUGGAUCGCAUUUGAUGCAAAUGGCUAUGAACAAUACGCCGCCACAACAGCAACAACAACAACAGCAAACGAUGCCGUAUAUGCUUGAUGGUGGAGGGGCAACCUCAUUAUUCAAUUCAAGUGCUGCUUUUUCAGAUCCAUCAAGAUUUGCAUCCCUCAUGAUGCGAGGUGGGACCACUAAUAUGGCCAUCUACAAUCAUCACCAACAGCCAUUACCGGUACAGCAACAAGCGCAGCAUCUUGGCAAUCCACAAGCUUAUUUACAGCGUAAAUCCCGUUUGAGACAUCCAAUGUCAUACUCACAAGAGGAUUUACGAUCGCUUCGACGUGCACACAUGAACAAACCAUUGGGUGGUGGAAGUAAUUGGCCACCAGCUCAUGCAAGAGGAUCCCCUAUUCCACCUGAUUUUGUAUAUGAUUCAUCAUCCUCGACGGUCAUGGAGAGUGGAAAUCAACAUCAACAACAACCACGACUUGCACGUUCAUUAAGACGACAAUCAUCCAUGACGGCCAUGAUGCCUUCUUAUUAUGCACAACGUCAACAACAAUUACCGCUUCGUCGUCAACCCUCCCAUCAUCCAUCAACUGCUCUUCCUCAUCAACCAUUUUCAUCUCAUCAUCAUCAACAGCCGUUACAUCACCAUCAUCAUCCUUCUCCUCCUCGCAUGCCAACAGUAGCAACAACACCACCAUCAUUGAAUCAUCCUCGACGACACACCAUUUCCAUUCCAAGUGAACCUUCUGCUUCUACCAUUGUACCUGCGUAUAUGAAUAAUCCCACACCUCCACAUGCUGCUGCACAACAACAACAAGCAUCUUCUUUUGAUCAGCAACAACCACCCAUUGACCCUUUCAUUUCCGAUACCACCAUGAUGAAUCUUGAUACCAUGAGUGCCACUACUCCAUCCGAUUAUGCUUAUUCUCCUGCCGUCUCAACACCUAUGGAUACCGCAACAACGCCUGUCAGUACACCAGCAGGUAUGAUGGUCAUGGAUUCAUCCAAUAAUGACACCAUCAUGAACGAUCUUAUGUUACAAAUGGGUGCUGCAGGACAACAAUGGUCCAUUCCUGGUGGUGGGUUUGAUCACACUACAUCCUCAUCCCCUGGUCCCUUUGUUGAAGAUAUACAAAGAAGCGAAGGCCAUGUCAUAUAG